AUCGAGCAGGGGAUAGAUCUCACCCUGAGAGUGAUAAAAUCUAUGCGUUGCUAAGAUGUUUGAAGGAACAAAUGAAAGAAUUUGGUUAUAUUCCAGAGACAAGAUUUGUGUUGCAUGAUAUAGACCAAGAAGGAAAGGAAGAAGCUCUUCUUGGUCAUAGUGAAAGGCUUGCUAUUGUUCAUGGUCUCAUGACUACUGCAGCUUGCUCACCUAUUCCAGUAAUCAAGAAUCUUCGUUUUUGUGUUGAUUGCCAUACUUCAAUGAAGAUCAUUUCAAAGAUUGUUGGCAGACAGCUCAUAAUGCGAGAUGCUAAGAGAGCUAUUGUUCCUGAUGAAAUGAUCAUGCUUUUCAAUAUGUUUCAACUUUCAAUGUGGCUGCUAGAGCCUGAAAAUGAUGAUGGAGAAGAGGCAGGUGUUCCUGAGAGCUACCAGCUGUGCAGAAAGAAGAGCAUGGUGGAAAGGAUGAAGGGAUCGUUGGUGAGGGUGAAGAGGGUGAUGUGGUUGAUGCUCGGAUCGGCCCUGGAAACUGAGGAGGUUGGUCCGAUGCAGGCUGUCUGAUUAUAUACAAUAAUCACAUUGUAGCGGGUAUAGUUUAGUGGUAAAAGUGUGAUUCGUUCUAUUACUCCCCUUGAUAGUUAAGGGGUCCUUCGGUUUUAUUCCUAAUUCCGAUCAAAACUUUAUUUCUUUUAAAAGGAUUAAAUCCUUUAUCUCUCAAUGAAAAAUUUGAGGAAUAAUAUAAUUCUUAUCAUUUG